AUGGUAAUAAGGACGCCGGGCAUCAAGUUGUUUGGAACAACAAUAGAAGUGAAAGAAAAAGAAGAAGAAAAUGAUCAAAUAUCAAGCAAAAAUGAUGAUGAUUAUGAUCAACUUGAGAAUAAAAGGCCAGACAAGAUUAUUCCUUGCCCUAGAUGUAAAAGUAUAGAAACCAAGUUUUGUUAUUUCAAUAACUAUAAUGUUAACCAACCAAGACAGUUUUGCAAAGGUUGUCAAAGAUAUUGGACGGCCGGUGGUGCCCUCCGGAACGUCGACGUCGGUGCUGGCCGCCGGAAAAAUAAGCUGCCGCCGCCGCCUAGCGGUGGUGCGGCCGGGAUAUUAGGGUUAUCGGGUAGUUGCUUCUUUGAAACUAAUUCUAAUAAUUAUGGGAUUCAUGAGCUUGACUUUGAUGAUAGCCGGAUGUUGGCCGUGAAGGAGUGGCAUGCGGCGGAGCAAGAUGAAUUCCGGCAUCUUUUUCCGGCCAAGAGGAGGAGGAACGUCACCUCCGAUAGUCAAUCUUCUUGA